AAACUGAUAAGCCAAACAGCGCGCUCCACGUCCACGUCGAAGUUCUCAUUGCCCAAACGUUGGUCAGACAGCAGCGUGAACGGUAAGGAAAUAAAAAAUAAAUGGCAGCCAGACGCAGCGCUUUGUUCUGUUGCCUGCUGGUCGCUUUCAUCAUCUCGAGUCUGUGGCUGCAGUGCAGCAAUGCACGCGUUAUUUACUUCAAUAAGCCAAGCGAGGAGCAGAAUACGACAACUAAGGCGAUGCUGUUGAUCUCAGGAGCACAUUGUAGACAUGGCUACAUGCCCGAUCAUCACAAUCGCUGUCGACGGAUUGUCUAGCUCGCAGCUGGUGCACUUAUCUCUCUCUCUAUAUAUAUAUAUGUAUGCUAUAUCUAUUAGUGCUUAUGAUGAAAUCAAAUGCGGUAUUUACGUUACGUAUACGCCAGAGAUACAGCCGCAAUUACAAGAUACACACAGCAACAAGACGACGACGACGACGACGACGACACACACAAAAUAUAUUCAGCGAAGAGAUAAAGGCGCCCACGCUGACUCAAGCAGCUAUUUUCGCAUUGAUAUGAGCGCAUUUCGUUUGCCAUUAACCCCACACACGCCGCUUCGGUCACAUUUCCUAUUAUUUUUCGGGUAAUAUCAGGCACAUGUCUCAAACAGCAGAAGCACUGGCAGCUGCUCCAUGACGUCGUGCGUUUAGCGGCUUACCGAGAAAGCCAUGAGACAGCCACUUAGGGCUAUUACCAAUUGGCACAUUCAUUGGCCUGCUGUGGCUUUUGGUUUAUAAUCAUAACAAGUCGCCUGUGCCUGGCAACGUAGUUAUUCCCGCACUUAUCAGCCAACAACAACAACAACAACAACAACAGUUACAACUGCUUAUUUGUUAAUACUUAAUUAGCUUAGAACAAAGCAUAAGACUUUGUUAGCACGAAUCAUAAAUGUGUUGGGCGUCUGGCUUUAUGAUCAUUUUGCUGAAUUUGAAUUAAUUGUUAAUUCAUAAAUGUGCAUAGCUACACGUUCAUAAAAUCAAAGAUAGUUCUCUAUAUCUCUCUCUCUCUCUCUAUCUCUGUGUCUGUUUGCGUAGUUAAAUUCAUAAUCAAUAAAAGGGAUCGCCUGUUGGCCUGUGACGUUUGUAUGCUCUGGUUCUUUCUUUCGAUUAUAAGUGUUUAUUAUAUAUUUUUUUCUUUUUGCAUUUAUCUAUUUAUUUGAUUUGUUUGUUUGUUGUUGUGCAAAGCCAAAAGCAAAGUAAAAGCCCAAAGCCAAAGACAGUCAAUUACACAGAUUGCGUUUGACAUCGAGCGCUUCGUGGCCCAGAUAAGAUUCGUAGACGCGGCGACCCAUACAGGGUGACGAUGACUACAAUUUAAAAGGGCGCACAUUGGCCGGCUGGGAGAGAACUGCGGCCGCAGCCUGUAUAAUAUUUAUCAAUAGUAGUCUCUAUGGCACACACAGAGCCCAGAGCCCAGAGCCCGCCGCAUUUUGUUUAAGAAGUGCUUGCCCAAAUCGUAUAUAAUCAGUUAAAUGCCGGCAUUUGAGUGUGUCAGUAACUAAGGCGACAGCAAACAAGCCAGCCGCACUACAAACCGAAAUAGAAAGAGACGGCGAAUCGACUCACAACACACGCACCAUAGCUCGGAUCGCGAUCGCGAGUCGAGAAUUUCACAUUUAAUUGCAAUUCAAUUGAGAUGAUGCUGCAGCGCCUUCAACACUUGGCCCUCUACGCCUUUUGCCUGCUCGCCUUGGCCCUGAUCUGCGCCCCCACCUGCGCCGAAUCGCGCCGUGUGAUCUUCUUGGCGGCACCCACCAUCAGUCGCGGCCAAAUACUCGACACGCGUAGCAUGAAAAAUGAUUGCCCCAAGUGCCACAUGAAAGAUCAUCGUGGCCACUGCCGUCGCAUGAUAUCCUACAACACUGAACAGCGCGCAGGGCAGGGCAGGGCAGCGCAGCGCAGCGCGGUAUUAGUUCACGUCGAUAUAUCGGCACAACAAUUGCAGAUCACGCCCAGUCAUAAAAGUAACGCUCGCCGUGCCAGACGCCAGGCCAAACGAACAAAGCGCGCACCCAGUUCCCAUUCCAAACACAAAAUGCAACUGCAACGUUUAUUCUUAUCCGCUGUCUGCCUCAUCACGCUGCUGCUGCUGCAGUGCAGCCAGACGACAGAGGCGCGUCGCCUCAUCUUCUACAAUAAGCACCCCAGCACCUAUCACAGCCAGCUGCUCGUCUCGCAAAGAUUCCGCCCCGAGUGUCCGGUGGGCAAGAUGCGCGAUCAUCGCGGUCGUUGCCGGCGCGCCGUCAUCUUUGUCCGCAACAAGUGAAUAUCCAUCCAGGACAACAGGAAUAAUCAGCGGGUGCAGCCUGCCACACCACUCAUCAGACUUCAAUCUUCAUAAAUUGUUUGUUUGUGUUUCUUUUUUUUUUUUUGUUCGCUUACGACGUAGUAAGCGCUAAUUUAUUGCCAACUCGUUUUUAAUAUUUAUUGAUUACGUUUAUUUCGAUAAUAAGCUACGCAUAUUUAUUUUAUAUGCAUGUACAAAUCUAAGCUAAGUUUAAAUAUAAUAUUCAAGAAACAAAACUAGUUGUUUUUUAUGCUUAUGUGUGUGUGUGUGUGUGUGUGUUAACAAUUGCAAUUAAAGCAGCUAAGGGUCUGAGCAAAACUGAUUAAGCCAAUAGAGCUUUGUAUUUAUAACUAAUGUCAUCAUAACAAAAAUUAAAAAUAGCCUAAGGUUUUCUUUUUUUUAAUGUAAGCAACUGUUACAGUAAGCAUUGCAUAUAAGCAAUAAGUCGACAAGUUUCAAUAUACAAAGCGAUUUAAUUUGUUAGCUAAAGCUGUUUAAUAAUUUGAAAUAAAACAGCGCUCAUUUCUUAAAUAAAUU